UUCUGCAAAACCUGGAGACUGGAUAGAGGAAGGAGGUAUUAGUUAUUUCAACCCUGAAAGGUUUGGGGAAAAUUUAGAAGCUUACAAAAAAGGAAUUAAUUAUGAUAGAAUUUAUUAUGAAAAUACAAGUAGAGCUUUAACUGGAGCAAUGAAAAGAGAAAAUAAUGACCAAUUUUUAAAAGAUUUAUUUGGAAAAAUUAAAUAUCAUUUUGUUAAUCAAAAUAAAUUUGCAAAUUUUGAAGCUUUUCCAAAACCUUCAAAUAUUAUUUAUAUUGGGGGUAUUCUUGUUGAAGGAAAUGAAAAUAUAAGAACUGCUAAAAAUUAUGUAUGA